UAUCCCUUGGUUUGCUUUCCCUCGUUCCCUGUGUAGUUGAAAUUCAGGAUGUCUUUAGUUUUCUUUUCUUUGAAUUUAUUUAGACUUUUUGUUUUGUUUUAGAAAGAGAAGAUAAGGAAAGUAUUCCUCUUUUGGAUGGAGCAAACAUCUGCUUUAUGGAAGUAGCUAACCAUACAACCAAAUUCAAAAGGUCGCAUAUGUUUUGUAAGAACUGAUUUUUGCUUCGAAAACCAAAGGACACUUAAUCGCCCAUGUUAGUAAAAAACUCGCUCCAAAAUCUGCCAUGAGUUUCAAUGAAUUUUCCACAUCAUCACCAACUCACAUUUUUAGAUCCAGCACCCAUGUUCAAGGGUAAAAUGUGUUUCGAAACUGCUAUUUUUGGCAUUGGCCUACUGCACCAUUUGUGGGGUGAAAGCUGAUGAUCCAAUUGAUGAUUAUGCUAGGAUAACUAUAUUUGUUACCUUUAUUUUUCCAUUUAUGAUCUUCAUCAAAACAAACUGAUUUGAUAUUCCUUUUUCACAGAAACUUGGGGACAAGUUGGAAGAGGAAAAAAAUAGAUUUUGAAGAGACCGAUCCCCAAAUCAGUACUUUCUAAAGUAAGAUUGCAUAAUACCCUUAUGGGAACCACAAGGUUUUUUUUUUUUUUUCUGCAUGAAAUCUUACUGAAGUAAGACAGUUAUCCUGAAACAACUGCAAAGCAAGAUUCAUUGGUUCACAGCAAUAAUGGCUUUGGAGAGAAUCUUCAUGCGUUGUAUGGAGGGAACCGAACGGAAGAGAUCCUGUGACUGCAUUUUAUAACGAAAUUUAAUAACAUGAUUUUAAUUCGAAUGGUUUCUCUCGGCAACAGAUGAAUAUCGAUCUUGUCGGAAUCCUAUUCGAAGAUCGUGUGUGACUUGCCAUAUAUUGUCCAUCAGGUCACUUUACCCAAGGAGUUUGGAAAGCCGCAAAGAUAGUGGAUGUCGGAAAGGCUAAGAGUAGCAAAUGCGCGACUUGUGUCGUUUACAACGAUUAUAAACCCCGCAGCCCCUAUUUCUUUACCGAUUGCCGCUGUGAAAAAGGAAAAAAAAAAACAAGGAAACAAUGCGGUGAAAACAAGAAUGCAGUCCACAAAGAGAAUUAAUGUACAUUUGUGGUAUCGCAAGUGAAUCACAGUCAAACUGGAGUAUUGAUGAUUCUAGCAAAAUCAAGCCGAUUAUGUUUGACGAAGACGAGAUUUACCCAGAAAUGUCAGACAUUGAUAGCCAGCGUAAUCGAUAUCAUUUUGUUGGAGAAGAGUGGCGUUUGAGUCAAAUUGAUGGCAAAUCAUUUUCGCUGGAUCUCCAGAUAAACGAGAGCAACAGCACGAGCAACGCAAGUUCAAUUGCAGCAAAAGGGGAUGCUGUUUGGCCUUGUUUUUAUACGGGCUGUUUGUGGCUGCCCAUCAAUCACAUUUCGUUCCAGUUUGCCCACGUUUUUCUCUGUCUGUCUUACUUGGCACCACCCGGACUUUAUGGACUCAUUUACCUACGUCUGGUGUUGGCCAUUGGGUCUGCGCUAUUGGCUGCUUGGGCUUGUUUCAUCAUAUGCGCAUUUGACACUUUCAUCUGGAACAGCCUCUUCCUCCUCGUCAAUGCUGUACAUGCUGUUGUACUGAUUAUCUCACUGCGAACAGUACAUUUUGGGCCACAAAUGGAACAGGUGUAUGGGGACAUCUUCCAGCCGCUGAAAGUGUCGAAGAGACAAUUUAAAGCCGUGGCCAAAUGCCUCACCUCCAUCCGGCUCAUGAAAAGAGGCGAAUGCUUUUCCGUUGAAAAGGAAACGAAAGUUGAAACACUUUCUCUUUUGCUGUCCGGCAGGAUGUUGGUUAGCCAAAAUGACAAAAUGCUUCACUUUAUUCACCCAAUGCAAUUCCUCGACUCCUCAGAUUGGUUUCAAGUUUCUUCUGACGACAUUUUUCAAGUGAGUAUCCGAGCUUGCGAAGAAUCACGGGUGUUGCUUUGGCAUCGUGAUAAGCUGAGAGUGAUCCUUCAAAAGGAUGCCUUCCUGCAAUCAGUUUUACAUGAAAUUCUGGGUCGCGACGUCGUUCGGAAACAUUGCCAGGUGAGAGAAAAAGUUGCCAGUUAUAAUGGAAGCCCACUAUUCAAAACGAACCUCAUGAAUAAUAUGUUGUUUGUUGAAAGCGAGAAACCGUUGAACCUUUUGUCAGCAUUUAAUCCGAAAAAUGCGAAUAAAGUCGACAAAAGUUUGGAAAAUGCUUAUAAACUUUUACAGAUAAAGCAAGAGCUCGCCGAUAGCCAACAGACAAUCAGCAAUCCGAUGAACACCCUCUAGUCAUUUGGUUCUGCUUUUGCAUGUGCGGGAAAUGCCGGAUAUUUUACCGUUCCAAAAUGGUAGACAAUACUUGGGCAUGUUUAGAGGAACAAUUCGCUUAACCAUUACCAUGAAUUGCUCUUUUUGCAGAUUUAGAAGGAAAAAUUAUGAGAGUCCCUCGGGAAAUCCCUUUGCUAUUUUUCAAUUUUUUUGUAGUUUUUCCUAAAAACUCUAAAUAAUUAAAUAAACGUACGUACGUACGACUAUUCCUUAAA